AUGGCUCAGGCGGUGUUCGAGGACCAUCCUCUGGGCGAGUAUCUUAAAGGUACGGCGCGCUUUGAUGGUGGAGGCGCUGUCACACCCUCGGGACCGACUUUCAUGUUGACCGCUCUCGCAGAAACGGGCGAGCGCGCAGAUAUCAUGCCCGGCGCGUCGCAUGACUUCGUGCCCGACGACCUAGACGACGACGAGGUGGACGAGGCGUACCGGCUCUCGGUCACGAUCCUACAUCUCCUCGAGGCUAUCAAGGACAUGGCGGCGUCCACGUUCACGGCGUCGCACCGAACCGAGUUCGCGGAACGCUUUAAGUACGACGUGAUCUCGUCCUCGCUGCUCUCCACCGCCAUCACGCCCUCCCCGCAUCCCCUUCGUCACUCUUUUCCACACAUUCACUCGCCACGAACGCGUUCUCCCUCAUUACCUCCUGUACCGGGUCGUCUACGCUUCGAAACGCCUACCUUACCUACACCCGUGCCCGUUCAUGCGCCUGUACCGCGUGAAGAUGCAACCCCACAAAACUUCACCGCAAGCGCGACUGCAACUUCAAGUAACAGCAGACGAAACACCAGAAGCCAAAACACGCCUCGCUUUCACCUCUCCUGGUCGUGGUCCGACCACGACCGCCAUCAAUGGUCCCGCGCCCUGGUCGCGACCGCCUGCUUCGCCGCCGCGGCGCGCGCAUACGCCAUCGCCCGCUUGUCGCUCGCCCUCGCCCUCCUCGUGUACUUCCAGCCCUGGCUUCGAUCGCUACCGCAACGGCUUCGGCGCGCCCCACCGUGGAAACUCGCGCGCGCACCCACGUGGGACGCACCCGACCGUCGGCAAUGGGCCACCGCGCUCGUCUGCACGGCAUGUUUCGCUGCCGCCGCGCGCACGUACAAUGUCGGGCUCUUCUGCCUCGCCGGCGCCGCCUGCGUUUACUUUCAGCCCGAGCUGCGGGCCGUACCUCGAAGGCUACGAGAGAUACGCUGGAGCGCGCACCUCUCUUGGGACGACCACGCCCGGCAACAAUGGGCGACAGCCUUCGCCGCGACGGCGUGCUUCGCGACCGCCACGCACAUAUACCGCGUCUCGCUCCUCUGUUCGACCGUCACGCUCUGCAUUUACUUCCAGGCGGAGCUGCGCACUCUCCCUCAACGUCUGCAACGACUCCCUUGGCAUUUCACGCUCACGUGGGACGACUACGCCCGCCAGCAGUGGGCAACUGCCUUCAUUGCCACCGCUUGCUUUGCCGCCGCCGCACGCAUAUACCGUCCCGCACUCCUCUGUGCCGCCAUCGCCGCCUGCGCCCACUUCCAGCCGGAACUCCUUUCCCUGUCACGGCAGCUGAGAACGCGCUCGUUGCCCCAAAUUCGAUUGACAUGGGACGAUCACGCCCGCCAUCAGUGGACGACCGCGCUGCUGUCCACCGCGUGCUUCGCCGCCGCCGCGCGCUCGUACACCAUCGCGCUCUCCUCUCUCGCGCUCGCCCUCGGCGCCUAUUUCCAACCCGAGCUCGCACAGCUCCCCUCCCGCGCAUCGCGAUACAUCGCCUUCUCCUGGGACGAGCACGACCGCGCCCAGUGGGCGCGCGCCUUCAGCGCCGCCGCCUGCUUCGCGGCCGCCCUCCGUUCGUACCGGAUCGCCUUCGGAUUCGUCGCCGCCGCGCUGGGGACCCACUUCUCUCCCGACCUCGACCGGCUGCAGCUGCGGGUCCGGCAGCGCGUGGCGGCGUGGACGGAACACGAUCGGCGGCAGUGGGCGACCGCGCUCGGCGCGACGGCCUGCUUCGCGGGCGCCGCGCACGCGCACGCCGCCGCGCUCCUCUGCCUCGCGCUCGCCCUCUCCGCGCGCUGCCAGCCGCGAUUGCGCCAGAUCCGAGCCCGGGUUCCCGCGUGGAAAGACCGAGGCCGCGAUCGGUGGACCAAAGCGCUCGGCGCCGCGGCCUGCUUCGCGGGUGCCGCGCACGCUUACCCCGUCGCGCUCGCCUUGGUGAUCGGCGCAGGCGCGGUGUACUGGUAUCCACGGAUGCGGCAGGCGAGGGCGACGUUCCGCCGGCCGACGUGGGAUGAGGAAGAUCGGGGUCGGUGGGCGACGGCGUUGAGCGCGACGGCGUGCUUCGCCACGGCGGCGCACGUGUACACGAUCGCGCUCUCGUGCGGCGUCGUCGCGCUGAUCGUAUACUAUCCGGACGAGUUGCGGGAGAUGCCGUGGACGCUGGGGAGGCUUGUUCGGCGUACGCCUGAGUUUGCCCAGUGGACGGCGGAGCAGUCCGGACGGGCGUUGGUUCUGUUGCAGGGUCUGUUGGAUCGGUGUUGUGAGUCUUUGUUGCAGAUGCCGGAACAGGUCGAAGAAGUGCUGGAGCGAUCGGAGGUGCUACUCAACGAGAUGCUCCAGUUGCUGCAGCAAACGCAAGUCCGCGUGUCGAGGCAGAUCCAGGCGCAGCUGCGCGCCCGCCAAUCCACCACCGCCUCCACCAUCCAAGCCCUCAACGAGCUCAUAUCCGCCGGUGCCCUCUGGGACUCAUGCGUGCACGAAGCUCUCGCCAUCCUCGAAUCCGACGAACGCGCCUCGCUUUCUCUUUCCAACUCGCAGCACAACCGUUUCUCCUUCUCCUUCUCCUCCCCCUCCAUGUCGCCCACCUUCUCUCCCCUGCGCGUCGCGCUCCACUCCUCGCUCCACACGACCGCGAGCCAGUGCGAGAAGGUGCGCGGGCUGCUCUCGGCGCUCACCGCGCCCGCGGAGCUCGCCCAGCUCGCGGAGAUGUACGCCCCGCCGUCGCCGCAGCUCUCUCCGCUCUCGCCCGAACGACGCGCAAGGCCGAUAUCUACGCCCGCGAUCGACAAGCGAUCGACGUGGAACGGCAGUUACAGUGCCCUCGCACGGUCGGGGAGCUUGCCGCACCGCCGAGAGCAGCGGAUGAGCAUACGGGAGAAGCACAGGUCGGAUAUGAGCGCGUUGUUAGGCUCGCCGCUCGCGAAGCACGAAUCUGUGAAGAGCGCGCCUGCCACGCCGGCGAGGGGUCUGCCUGGGGUGCGCGAGGAGGACGGCACGCACGCUCGCGAUACGGUCGGCCGCGAGGAAGAGCGAGGCGAGGACGAUCCGGAGGAAGAAGAAGACGCGGUCGACAUAUCGCCGAGAGACCACUUUGGUGCCGCGGCGAUGAACUUGCGGAGGCGGAGGCGGUACGGCGGGCUCGAGGCGCUUGCGCUCGGUAUGCAUUCCUCGUCGUCCACGAACGGCCUCGGGUCGCCGCCGUCAGGCCGAGAACGAGACUCGUUCGGGCUCGGAUCCUCGUCGCGCUUCACGACGCUUCAGCGCGGCGGCGCGCACCCGCUCUCGCUCCACGCGCUUCACCACGCCGUCCAGGCCGCGCUCGCGUCCAAGCGGUACGCCUGCGCCCACCUGCUCGCACUGAGGUUCGACGAACCGCACGACCAGUUUGUCGACGACGAGGACGGGGACGGCGGCGCGGAGGCGCAGGCGUACUGGGAAGACGUGCGGAGCGUGAUGGCGUUGCUGACGUCCACGUUCGUCGACGCCGCCGCGCGACUGGGCGAAGCCCUCGACGACGCGGAGAGCCGGCGCAUGCGGGAGGCCACGCCGAGCCCGGCGGUCGCGCCGCUCUCGCCCGCCACGCCGAGCGCGCCGCACUCGCGCAUGACCUCGUUCGACCUCGACGCGCCUAUCAAUCUGGCCCGGGCGGCGUCCGGGGCGUGGCGCGAGCCGAGGACGGUGCAGCAGAUGGUCGGGUUCGCGCCGAUGCCGUCCCAUAUGGCGCGCUUUGCGCAGCAUGUGGACGCGAUGUCGUCUGCGCUGGCGGAUGCGAGGGCACACCUGGAGCGAUGCGUCGCGGCGCUGCGCGACGGCGACGGUGCGGACGCGGACGCGGCGUCGGGAACGUCAUCGGACGUGGAAGGAGAGACGGAGGCGGAGGGCGCCCAACAUUCGCCGUUGCCGCCGCAGGAGGCGCCGGCGCUCAAGGCGUACGACCGGCUCCGGCGCGAGCUCGGUUUCGCGCUCCGGGAGUGCGAGCGCGGGCGCGAACGGCUGUUAGACGCGCUUGCGGCGCAGAACGCGGCGGCGCGGGAUGACGAGGGAGGUGCGGGCCCGGACGAGGACGCGGAUGACGUGCCGCUGCUCGCGCCCGAUACGGGCUCGGGCUCGGACGACAGCGAUAGGCACCUAUCGGGCGAAUAUCAAAAUUCGGUUGGGUCGCUGCUCGGUGCGGUGCUGGAGAACGUGGCGGUGGUCGAGGACGCGGCGCCGCCUGAGGAGGAAGCGGAGGAAGGGGUGUUGGGUGGCGCGGAGCAGGUGUUCGAGGCGGAGGCGGUCUCGGUGGGCGCGUUCAAUAGGGAACGGUCGAAGCUGUCUCGCGAGGAGAGGAUCAAGUUGGCAAAGGCGCAGAGGGAGAAGGGGUUGAGUGGGUUGGGGAUAGCGAUGGUGGAAGAGGAGGCGGAGGCAGGAGAAAAGGGAAUCAGAGAAAAGUGGGGGCCAGGUGGGGACGUCGUGCAGGAGCUCAAGGAUGUCAUCUGGCAGGUCGGUGAGCGACGGAGAAAGCUUGCUGCCCAACCGCCACCUAUGCCACCACCGUCGCUACCAUUACCGCCUACGCCACCCAUGCCGACGCAAUGA